CCCUCGCGGCGCGGCCAGGGGCCCCCGGGACCCGCGGGCGGGCGCGCGCUUCCGUGCGUGACGUCGGCGUCAUGCCCAGACCGU